CGUUGUCUUCGUUUCUGCCAGCUGACCUGCCAUGUCCAUCUCCAGAGCAGCCCGCAACGCUACAAAGCUCAACCGCGCCAUCCCCCGAGUUGCUUCUGCCACCCCCCGCGCCUUUUCCACCUCCUCCACCGCCAUGUCAGAGUACAGAAUCGAGAAAGACACCUUCGGUGACCUCCAGGUCCCGUCCACCAGGUACUGGGGCGCCCAGACCCAGCGAAGUUUGAUGAACUUUGACAUUGGUGGUCCCACCGAGCGAAUGCCCCCUCCCCUCAUCAAGGCCUUUGGCGUUCUCAAGAAGGCCGCCGCUAUCGUCAACCAGACCUAUGGUCUCCCCGCCGAUGUCGCUCAGAACAUCCAAAAGGCUGCCGACGAGGUCAUCUCUGGCAAGCUCAUCGACGAGUUCCCUCUUGUCGUCUUCCAGACCGGGUCCGGUACCCAGACCAACAUGAACGUGAACGAGGUCAUUAGCAACAGGGCUAUUGAGCUUAUGGGUGGAGAGCUGGGUUCCAAGAAGCCUGUUCACCCCAACGACCACGUCAACAUGAGCCAGUCUUCUAACGACACUUUCCCUACGGCUAUGCACGUUGCUGCUGUCGUCGAGAUCAACGAGCAGCUCCUUCCCGCCCUCAAGGAGCUCCACGCCGCCUUUGCUGAGAAGGCCGAGUCCUUCAAGGACAUUAUCAAGAUCGGUCGAACCCACUUGCAGGACGCUACUCCCUUGACUCUUGGCCAAGAGUUCAGCGGCUACGUUACCCAGCUCGAGAGGGGUAUCGGUCGAGUGGAGAGCACCCUCAAGAACUUGGGCUACUUGGCGCAGGGUGGUACCGCUGUCGGUACUGGCUUGAACACCAGGGUCGGCUUUGAUGUCAAGGUCGCUGAGGAGAUCUCCAAGAUCACUGGCCACAAGUUCGAGACUGCCCCCAACAAGUUUGAGGCUCUUGCCGCCCACGAUGCCAUCGUGGAGGCUUCCGGUGCCCUCAACACCGUCGCUGUCAGCUUGAUGAAGAUUGCCAACGACAUCCGAUACCUCGGUUCCGGUCCCCGAUGUGGUCUUGGUGAGCUCGAGCUUCCCGAGAACGAGCCCGGAUCUUCCAUCAUGCCCGGCAAGUGCGUACAUUUUGAAUGGAACUCUGAAUCCUACUGACAGGUAUUCAGGGUCAACCCCACUCAGUGUGAGGCCCUCACCAUGGUCGCCGCUCAAGUCAUGGGUAACAACACCACCAUCUCCGUCGCCGGCUCUUACGGUCAAUUCGAGCUCAACGUCUUCAAGCCCGUCCUCAUCAAGAACCUCCUCCAGUCCAUCCGUCUUCUUGCCGACGGUUCCAGGAGCUUCACCAAGAACUGUGUGGUUGGUAUCAAGGCCAACGAGGAGAAGAUCAAGAAGAUCAUGAAUGAGAGUUUGAUGUUGGCUACUUGCUUGAACAGCAAGCUUGGUUACGAUGAUGUCGCCAAGAUUGCCAAGAAGGCUCACCGUGAAGGUCUUACCCUCAAGGAGUCUACCCUCGCCCUCGGCAAGCUCACCUCUGAAGAGUUUGACUCUCUUGUUCGACCCGAACUCAUGUUGGCCCCCACCGAGGCUUAAAAGCCGAUCAUUGCAUCGAAAAGAACGGGGAGAAGAGAGAUAGAGUAAUUUCUUUUGGGCAGGUUGAUCUGCAUGCAGUCAU